UGAAAACUUCGACGAAUACAGGAAUUGGGUGUCGGUAUGGUUCUACGCAAAAUGGGUAACAGUGUCAGCCCCACCGUUGAACUGAAGAAGGAUGGUGAUAAUUACUCUUUCACCACUACCUCAACCUUUAAGACAACUACGGUCAACUUCAAGCUGGGCGAGGAAUUCGAUGAAGAGACACUUGAUGGUCGCAAAGUGAAGAGCGUCUUCACUCUGGAUGGCAACAAAUUGGUGCAAGAACAGAAGGGUGACAAACCACCGACCAUUAUUCGUGAAUUCACUGACUCCUAGUGACUACUCUCACCCCCAACGACGUGAAGUCCGUCAGAGUCUACAAGGCUGUAUAAAUGCGCAGUGCGCUACAUGCGAAGUUCAAAACAACAGUAACAAAAAGCUAAAGUAAUUUAAAAUAAAAAAUGCCACUUCUUGCGAUAAACUAAUGAUUGAAAAACUAACUAUCAUACAGCAUACAUUGUACUUUAUAUAA